UAUGGGAGGAGCGUGUUGUGACGUCUCUCUCAAUUCACCCUGCAGCAAAAAAAUCUUCAGUGCACAGAGCUAUUCAGAUGAUUCACAGCGAUUGUUCUGCGCCUUCAUAGUUCUCAUUUUAGCUAUGCACGCUGAAAUAAAAUGCACCAAGAAUGGAAGGAUGCAUAACGUGGGAUCUUUCGCAAUCUGACUGUUUUCUUGGGUGAAAUCGUUCAAGAAGCUUCCACUAGUAGGCUGCUGCUGAUGCACUUUGGAUGGCACGUUAUUAGGAGGAGCCCUUGUUUUUCAUAGCACUAGCAUUGCUUUGCGACUUCAAAUAAUAUACUGUUGUUAUAGAUUUCCAUGAAAAAAAAAAAAUAAUCUCUGCAAAGUUUUACUUGAAACGCGUCUCAUUUGGCAAACACGGUAGUGACAUCCAAAAGGGGAAUUAAAAAAAAAAAAGGAUUUGUGAUUUCUAGUAUUAAUAAGUAUAACAAUUCAGUCUUGGGAGCUGUUGAACCGACUAAACGUCCAGUUAAUCGAGGGGAAGCGAACCAACCUAGGAGGACUUCUUAGGAGUCGCAUCGUAGCCUUCCGAUCUCUGGAAUCAAUCAUGUCAUCUCAAACCAAAUACAAGAAGGACAAGGAGAUCACAACAGAGUACGAGACUCAAGUGAAAGAGAUCCGUGCACAGUUAGUGGAGCAGUUCAAAUGCCUGGAGCAGCAGUCUGAGUCUCGAAUCCAGCUCCUGCAGGACUUACAGGAGUUCUUCCGCAGGAAAGCAGAGAUUCAGAUGGAAUAUUCCAGGAGCCUGGAUAAGUUGGCAGAGAGGUUCUCUUCCAAAAUCCGCAGCUCCAGGGAGCAUCACCAGUUCAAAAAAGACCAACACCUCCUGUCACCUGUGAACUGCUGGUACCUGGUUCUGAAUCAGACGAGGAGAGAGAGUCGUGAUCAUGCCACUCUCAACGAUAUCUACAUGAACAAUGUGAUCGUUCGACUGUCCCAGAUCAACGAGGAUGUUAUCAGGCUGUUCAAGAAGAGCAAAGAAAUUGGGCUGCAGAUGCAUGAGGAGCUGUGGAAGGUCACAAAUGAACUCUACACUGUGAUGAAAACCUACCACAUGUACCACACUGAGAGCAUGAGUGCCGAGAGCAAGCUGAAGGAGGCAGAGAAGCAGGAGGAGAAGCAGUUCAGCAAGUCAGGAGAGCUGAAUGUCAACCUGCUUCGGCACGAGGAUCGGCCACAGAGGCGCAGCUCGGUCAAGAAGAUUGAGAAGAUGAAAGAGAAGAGACAAGCCAAGUAUUCUGAAAACAAGCUGAAGUGCACCAAGGCUAGAAACGACUACCUGUUGAACCUGGCAGCAACCAAUUCUGUUGUGGCAAAAUAUUACAUCCAUGAUGUCUCUGAUAUGAUUGAGUGUUGUGAUAUGGGUUAUCACGCAAGUCUCGCCAGGACCUUCAGGACAUACCUCUCUGCUGAGUACAACCUGGAGACCUCGAGGCACGAGGGCUUGGACAUCAUUGAGAAUGCAGUGGACAACCUGGACGCACGCAGUGACAAACACAAAAUAAUGGACAUGCACAACCAGGUCUUCUGUCCGCCAGUGAGAUUUGAGUAUCAACCCCACAUGGGAGAUGAGGUGUGCCAGGUGAGCGCCCAACAACCAGUUCAGACUGAACUCCUCAUGCGCUAUCACCAGCUUCAGUCCAGACUGGCAAGCCUUAAAAUAGAGAAUGAAGAGGUUCGAAAGACUCUGGAUGCUACAAUGCAGACCUUGCAAGACAUGUUAACUGUUGAAGAUUUCGAUGUGUCGGAUGCGUUCCAGCACAGCCGCUCCACUGAAUCCAUCAAGUCUGCUACUUCUGAGACCUACAUGAGUAAAAUCAACAUUGCGAAAAGGAGGUCCAACCAGCAGGAAACUGAGGUCUUCUAUUUUACAAAAUUCAAGGAGUACCUAAAUGGCAGUAAUCUCAUCACAAAACUCCAGGCCAAACAUGACCUACUUAAGCAAACCCUUGGAGAAGGGGAAAGGACUGAGUGUGGAACUACAAGGCCCCCCUCUCUUCCCCCUAAACCACAGAAAAUGAGGAAGCCUAGACCUCGAUCAGUCUAUAAUCAUAAACUGUUUAACGGCAAUAUGGAAACCUUCAUUGAGGGUUCAGGCCAAGCCAUCCCCCUUGUGGUGGAAAGCUGUGUUCGGUACAUCAAUCUGUACGGUCUUCAACAGCAGGGUAUUUUUAGAGUUCCUGGAUCUCAGGUUGAAGUAAAUGACAUUAAAAAUUCAUUUGAAAGAGGUGAGGACCCUUUGACUGAUGAUCACAAUGAUCAUGACAUUAACUCUGUUGCUGGGGUCUUGAAGCUCUACUUCAGAGGACUGGAAAACCCACUCUUUCCUAAGGAAAGGUUCCUUGACUUGAUGUCAACCAUAAAACUUGAAACUUCUGCUGAAAGAGUGCACCAUGUCCAGCAACUCAUUGUGCCUCUGCCUCGAACCGUCAUCAUCGUCAUGAGAUACCUGUUUGCAUUCCUCAACCACUUAUCCCAGUAUAGUGAUGAAAACAUGAUGGAUGCCUACAACCUGGCCAUCUGCUUUGGCCCCACCCUGAUGCCCAUCCCAGAUGGGCAGGACCCUGUUGCCUGCCAGGCCCAUGUCAAUGAGGUCAUUAAGACCAUUAUCAUGCAUAAUGAAGCCAUCUUCCCCAGCCACAGGGAGCUGGACGGGCCAGUGUAUGAGAAAUGCAUGACUGGAGGAGAAGAGUACUGUGAUAGCCCCCAUAGUGAACCUGGUACUAUUGACCAUGACCAUGACAAUGGCACUGAGCCCCACACCAGUGAUGACGAGGUUGAGCAGAUUGAAGCCAUCGCCAAGUUUGAUUACAUUGGGCGGUCCCCUAGGGAGCUGUCCUUCAGGAAAGGAGCAUCACUGCUGCUCUACCACAGAGCCUCAGAGGACUGGUGGGAAGGGCGUCAUAAUGGGGUUGACGGGCUGAUCCCUCACCAGUACAUUGUCGUGCAAGACAUGGAUGACGCAUUCUCUGACAGCCUGAGCCAGAAGGCAGACAGCGAGGCGAGCAGCGGUCCUCUUUUAGACGACAAGGCCUCAUCAAAGAAUGACAUCCAGUCCCCCUGUGAGCACUUACCAGACUACAGCUUCGGAGGCGUUAUGGGCAGGGUUCGGAUAAGAUCAGAUGGUGCUGCUAUCCCACGCCGCAGGAGUGGCACCGACACCCACAGCCCCCCCAGAGGAACCGGCCCUGCUAUUGACACCCCUCCAAGAGCCGCUGCAUGCCCCAGCAGCCCCCACAAGAUCUCAGUGAACAGAGGCCGCAUAGAGAGCCCAGAUAAGCGCAGGCUGGCCACAUUCGGAAGCGCUGGCAGCAUCAAUUACCCUGACAGGAAGACCUUGCCUGAAGGCCAUCCCUUGAGGCCAACUCAUGGCUCCACGCGGCACAGCAGCCUCGGAGACCACAAGUCACUGGAAGCAGAAGCCUUAGCUGAGGACAUUGAAAAAACCAUGAGCACUGCACUCCAUGAGCUGAGGGAACUGGAGAGACAGAACAUUGUGAAGCAGGCUCCUGAUGUCGUGCUGGACACUUUGGAGCCCAUGAAGAACCCACAGAUAGGCACUGUGAACUCUGAGCCGCCCAGCCCCCUGCACACCAUGAUGAUUCGAGACCCAGACGCUGCAAUGAGGCGCAGCACCAGCUCCACCACUGAGAUGAUGACCACCUUCAAACCGGCCCUUUCUGCCAGGCUGGCAGGUGCCCAGUUGAGGCCUCCGCCCAUGAGACCAGCGAGGCCAGCGGUCCAGCACCGGUCAAGCAGCAGCAGCAGCUCAGGAAUGGGCAGUCCAGCUGUGACCCCAACUGAGAAGAUAUUCCCAAACAAUUCUUCUGAUAAGUCUGGCACAAUGUAGCUGGGGAAAACCCAUUACUGGAUCAAAGCAGGCUACGAUAGAAAAGAAAACCCCAAUUUCUUCUCAAGGUCUUUUCUCUGUAAGAUGGUGACACAAGUAAUGUGGAUGUUUUUAUUUUUGUCUGACCUCCCAUGGAGCUUUAAUUGAACUGCAGUUGCCAUGGAAACCAUCUUAAGCCCCUUUCACACUGGCACUCCUACCCGGGUCCGGACCUGGGUCCUGGCUAACCGGGUCACAAUCCCACGUAGUGUGAAACCACGUACCUGGGUCAGACCCAGGUCGAGCGAGACAAAAUGCUUGAUGGCCGUUCAUGAGCCGACGCGAUAACAAACAGCCACGCCUGCGUGAAAGUUUCACUUCCGCAACAUUUUUGUUUAUUCUGUUUAGCCAGAUUUUUGUUGCUUGAGACACGUCAUGAGCCAGAUUGCAGCAGGGAUGAAGAAACAGUUGCUCUAAUCAACAUUUGGGCAGAUGGUUCAAUCCAGAGAAGCUUGGAUGGAAGAGUCUGUAACAAACUGCUUCCGGGGCAUUGAUACGCGCAUUGUGUAUUUGCGUCUGUCACCCAAGUCAACCCUGCUUUAUCAAAUGCAGUGUGAAAUCGUGUUCCCGACCUGCAUGACACAGGUUCCUGCCCGGGUAGGUUCUGACCCAGGUAGAUCAUGCCAGUGUGAAAGGGGUUUUAGAGGCUUAAAGUCUUUUACCCUGUUUUAAACAAAGCUACCUGAUGGAGAAUCACCUCUUAAACAUAAAUGUGUCAUGCAGUGUGACGAACACAGCACACGACUGGAAAACAUACCAUAACUUUCAGUUAUUCCAUUUGUAGUUGUACCUCACAAGAAAAAAAAAAAACAUCAAACCCUGAAACCUUUUUUGACAACACGAUUUGCUUAACAAAUCAAGGAAUACAAAAUGACCAAGGCAUUACUUUGUAUUCUGUGCCGGUAAGCUAAAAGGUUGGCCAUGUUAUCUUGCUGAAACAUUCAUCAAAACCAAGUUCAGAAGCAUCUGGGGAUUUGGCUUCCUAUUGUAACUGGAUUAUGAAUUCACUUUAAAGACUAUCUCAGUGGCUGAGGCCCUGGUUGUCAGCCUCUGAGCUGUAUAUAGAUGCAUUCAGAAGUGAUAAUCCUUUUGUUUGUAGAAUAAUGAAUACUAAUAAAUAUUAAAGUAACAGCACAGCAAAGUGUAUAAAACAUGGAGUUGUCCUACAAACUUUGAAACAAUAUACAAACUAGUCAGUAAGAAACCUGUGGUAAAAUAUGUAGUUUAACUUGUACAUUUUCAAUUAGUAGGUAAUUUGUGUACGUGUUUACCUUGUACAGACCAAGACUGAACAGGCAAUGAGACAAGAAUGGCAUUUCCUCACUAGAAAAAACUGCACAAUAAACAAAAAGCAUUGCAUUUGUGUCAUUUGCUUUUUUGCAUGGUCAGCAUGAGUCACGAAUGACAAAGAAAGCUUCUGAUUCUGCUUGUGCUAUAAAUGACUACUGCACUUACAGAAACUAUAGUUUUGUACAGUACAUGCACUAGUUUUGGAACAUAGGAAAGAAAAACAACUGUAUUUCUGGUGUUUGAUAGAAACUUGGAAUAUUGCACAAAAUCACUGAAAUGCUUUAUUGACUGCUGGUAGCUAGUGAACAGGAUAUGUUUAUUAAUUCCCCACAAUUUCAAGUGUAGCUACACAGAAUGUUUGUAUCUCUUGAUGUUUGCCUCAUUUAACCUAAAAUGAUGUAUUUAACUAGAAAAGUACAAAUAUUUAUUAAAUGUGUUAUGUUUACCUUUGAUUCUAAUGGGUAUUUUAAUGGUGCUUAUAUUUUUAUAAACCAUUUCAGUAUUUCACUUUAGCAUUUUAAAUCUGGAAACAUGUUUUCCAUAGUCAUCAGGUAAUCUGUUAAACUUGCACAUCUUAAAAUAAUGUUUUAACGGUGCACACAUUUUUAUACUGGCUUCAUUAUCAGCCUUAGGCUUGCUCAGAGAAAUAUACUUGUGACAUUAUUAAAUUUCAAAUAUCCAUGAGUUCAGAAAUAGGAUUAGGAGCACGUACCAUGUGAUAAUAGUCAGAUAAAUCAGUACCAUGCAGAUUCAAAGGAUUUCAAGUAUUUCUUUUAGCCAGAACUUCUCCCCACUCCUUCAAUACCAACUUGGCAGCUGCUUUCUCAAAUGAAUGACGUGCUUUGUGACAUGUUUUAACUCUGAAAACACUGUUGAGUUGAAAUGACCUACAGCACAGUAGGAAGUGCAAAUGUAACAAACUACCUGAAAGUAAGGCAUGCUGAGCAGGGUCCCCCAAGCUUAUGAAAUUAUGGAUCCCGCUUAUCAAGUUUAGGCAGUAGAAACAGUGUUCUUUUCUCUGGCAUAAUACAUGGGAUUAGGAUUUACAUGGCACUGUCAGCUGAUGCUAAAAGUUAAUAGAAGAUAAUUAAAUAAUGUUGUUAUUCCCCAGACUAGGAGCAAACGUGUUGCUGGCAUCUGCUGUAGAGAUAUAUACCACAGGAUUUGGUUGUUAGGUAUAAAGGGCUAAACUCAAAUAAAUCUGUAUUAGUUUACCGUGAAAAUGUAUCUUUCAUUUUCUUAUCUGACUUUUAAAGCACAGCCUUUAAUUUUAAUGUGAAACCGUUUCAUCAGCAGUGGAAAAACAGAAUGAAGUAUAUAAUUCAGUUGCAUAUAAAUUACAUAUUUUUUUAAAUAGUUAAAUUUUUAUAAGGGUUUAAGUUAUUUUUAUUAUUAUUAUUAUGAUGAUGAUACGCUUUAUUUAUAUGCAACCAAAUUGCAACAAUUUUAAUGCGUAUGAUUUGUCAUCCUCUUAAAACUCUCUCUUGCCUGUUCUAGUCUUGUAAAUAUUGCUUGUAUUGCUACAAAAUAUACUGGAAAGUACUGUUACCAAUGUAAAAAAAAUAAAAUAAGAAAAAACGUAACAAACUAGAAUCUGGUAGAUUCUGGUUACUCACCAUAUCUUUGCACUUAGCAGCUACAUAGCUUAAUGUGACAAUAAAUAACACAAUGUAAAAUGUGUAACAUUCCUGAUGUACAUUGUUAACAGUGUGUAGUGACUUCACUAAAGUUUCACCUCAUAUUCCUGAAGAUGAAAAUACUUUAUGACAUUACUGUGGUACUCCGAAUAUGUUUCAAUCUCACAUCAAUGACGUCUUUGACAUUUUCAUCUCUGUCAUUCUACACAUCAUCCUUCAUUUUCCUUCAGCAUCGCAGGCUGCGUGUGAUAUGGUAUGGGAAGAUGUUUUACAUGGACAUUCAGUUAGUCUGCUGUGGAUGUAACAAUUGACAAUUGACUGUUUGUGGUGCCUUUCCUAAGAACACGCACAAGAACCUUAACUUGAAUCUAUUCUUUGCAAUUUGGUUUUGAAUACUGUGUCACUGUGUUACUUGAAUAUUGUGUCCCUUUUUCUAUAAUAAUUUUUUUCGAAAGUCAUAAAUAUUUUAGUAAUUCACUUUUUUUUUUUUGGACAAAAAAGUGGGAGUAGAACUGGAAAAGGGAAGUUUACUUUUUCACCAAAGUCAUACUGAAGUUGCCCAAAUGAAACAGGGAUAGAACUCAUUCUGCGACACCUGAUUUAUUUCCAAAAUAUUAUUUUCUUGAACCUUGAUUACAAGGCAUUUAGUUUUUCAGACUCCCUUAGCAAUUCUGUCAAGACAAAGUCUCCCCUUUUUGUAAGGUUGUGGUAGAGUCAGAUCUUUUUUUGUAAUAAGUUUGCCCAUGUGUUUUGAAAAGAAAAAAAAAACAUGAAUGUUAAAGACAAAUAAGCAAUAUUCUAUGUAGGUCCAUUAUUACAAAGUCUAUUGAUGAUGAUAUUAAGAUAACUGUUUUAUGCAAGCCUAUCCCCCCUGUACUAUGAACAGUACCUGCAAUGUUUAAGACACACUUUGUUCCAUGUUAAUUCUAUUGCUCAAUAAGAGCAUACAGUAUCAGAAGAGACCCUGCUCUAUGAGGAGCCUCUGCCAGUCUGCAGUGCUCCUAUUCAUCUUGAGCCAAGGUUGUGUCAUCUUAGUGAUAGUGACCAUCUGCUCAUGAUCUCUGGAGCACAGUUUCCAAAUCAGGUUCAAAUAGCAUCCAAUUACACAGGCACCUCCCUUUCAAACAGGCAGCUCUCUAAUACCACCGAGAUAUCCUAACAUAGGGUUGGGCUUCCACUGAUGAUGCACAUGCUCGAGUGCAUGGAUUGCUUUCUCAGAAACUAAGCUGUUACUAUUCACAGUGAAACAUGGAUGUGAAAAAAACACAAAACAAAACAUGUGUUAAACCUUUCUAUUCUCCUCCUGUAUUUCAAAACUUUCAACAGUUUGGAGUGUGCAUUUGCAUGUGCUUUUCAGAAACUGAAUUCUAAGCCAGUUUUCCACUGGCCGUGUGACAACAGUUUAAAGAUAUUUCUUGCAUUAAAAUGGCUCCCUCUACCAGAUGUAGACCUCCAACUUUCCAUAUAAAACUCCUUAUGUAUUUCCACCCUGUAUUUCCAUGGGGAGAACGGUUACCAUGGGGUGAACUCAGUAGAAUUCACUGUGCCCUCAAGUGUCCAAGACUGGUAUUGCACCCCUUUUCCAAGUAAAACAAGGUACUGUAGCCUCUUCAGUGUAAGGACUACAUUAACAAAUGUAAUAUGCAGGCUCUCAGUGUAUUUAACUAAAUAGUAGGCCUAGUUCCCACUUUGUUAUAUAUAUUUUCUCUCUCUCUCAUUUAAAUAAACCUCUACUUUAUUGAAGUGUUAUCUAUAAAAGAAUUCAAGGAAAGUCAAGUUAUUAACAUCUCCAAUAUUCAACAUAAGCACAGCAGUGAAUUUACAUGUAUAUUACUUUGUGUUUCUUUACCAAUAACAACAAUAAAACAACAUACUAAUACACAGUCAUCGUUAUUAUUUUGCAAAAUAUAUCAUCUUGUAUGUUUAUGUUUACAAGUGCCUUUUUGAGCACAUUAUGUUCUUAAUAAAAUUCAAAUAUAUUUGUACUUUUUUGUAGGCGUUAAAAUUCUCCUCACCCAGUGUGAAUCUUUUCUCAUAUUAAGAUAUUAUUACUAUAUCCCCACUUUAAAGACAAUAAUGAUAACUAAAGUCCAUAACACAAGCAAGGUCUCCAAUGUCUCAUACUCCCUUUGAUGUUGACAUUUUCAUUAAAUACAGUAGAUCUCCUCCCAUGGAAAUCUUUAUCUAGAGUAAAAGCCAUUUUGUUCAGUUUCCAUUCCACUGGAUUGACACAUAUAGGCAACUCUUUAAAAUUUUAGACAAAAAUAGCCUUGUUUGAAAACCUUUUAUUCAAUAUGUAGUGCACUUUUUCUGCUGUAACCUAUAACUAACCUAUAGGGUUUGUAAUUUAAGGAAUGUCUAAUAAAAUCGCAGUAUUGUAUUUAAAAGGAUAUGAGAGAACACUUCCUGGCUAACAGAACUUUGAUCCAGGCUUAUCAUAAGCUGUUAUACUGGCUGAGCCAGAUAUACAAACUGAGGAAAAGAAUGAAAACAAAUGACUGACCCUCUGUGAUGUUGGCUGUUAUUUUUUUUUAGAUAUAUUCUUUUUCUGUAAUGUCUGAUGAUAUUCAUUAAUGGUCGUAUGAUUGGAUCGUCUGUAAUGUAUUGAACACCAAGCCACUAGUUGGAUGUUGAGAAUCCUAAUGUCUGAAUAAAUACAGCUUCAUUUUUUUU